GCGGGCGUGGGGGUGGGAGUCCCGGGGGAAGACGCGGGCAGUGUGGACGGCGGAGGGGUGGGGACCCGGGUGGGCUGCGCCCUCGCGUCCUGCCCCAAUCCCACCCGCUGAAAGCAGACACUGUCAGCUGAAUCACUCCCCUUUCGGGAGGUGGGAGGGGGAAAAAGGUGUCUAGCUCCUUUCUGCUUAAAAAAGCAGAGGGAGAUCACGCGCAGCUCUGCGGCCACUGCCUUCCCUUGCCUGACCAUGUCCCCCCCACAUCUCCCUGCUCGGCCACGGGCGAGGACUUGACUUCGGGAGCUGAGGGCUAGAACUUUUUGGACUUCUCUUCUCCACAGCAACUGAAUCAUGCCAUGUGCCUGGAGGGGCUGGCUUGCAAACCUUUCCUUGGUGGCUCAGCUGCUUAACUUUGGGGCGCUUUGCCAUGAGGGGCCACCCCAGCCGGACCUGCUGCGCUUCCCGGACCGGAGGCAAGGGCAUUUUGUCAAGGCUCUGCCAGAAUACCACGUGGUGACACCUGUCCGAGUAGAUGCGGGUGGGCAUUUUCUGUCAUAUGGUGUGGACCAUCCUAUCAAGAGCAGCAGGAAGAAGAGACAUUUGGACAGCUCAGAGGACCAGGUGUAUUAUAGAAUUUCUCAUGAGGAGAAGGACCUAUUUUUUAACUUGACAGUCAAUCAGGGAUUUCUUUCCAAUAGCUACGUCGUGGAGAAGAGACAUGGGAACCUCUCCCAUGUUAAGGUGGUGGCUUCCUCUGCCCCCCGCUGCCAUCUCAGGGGCACGGUUUUGCAGCGGGGCACUAGAGUCGGGACGGCAGCCCUCAGUGCCUGCCAUGGACUGAUUGGAUUUUUCCAUCUACCACAUGGAGACUUUUUCAUUGAGCCCGUGAAAAACCAUCCACUGACUGAGGGCGAGCACCACUCGCACAUCAUUUACAGGAGACAGAGGCAGAGAGUUCCAGAGACUGAAGAGCCAACCUGUGGAUUAAAGGACACUGUUGAAACCACUCAGAAGCAAGAGCUGCAGCGAGAGAAGUGGGAGAGGAACAACUUGCCCAGCAGAAGCCUUUCACGGCGUUCCAUCAGCAAGGAGCGGUGGGUGGAGACACUGGUCGUGGCUGACACGAAGAUGAUUGAGUAUCACGGGAGUGAGAAUGUGGAGUCCUAUAUCCUCACCAUCAUGAACAUGGUCACUGGACUGUUCUAUAACCCAAGCAUUGGCAAUGCAAUUCACAUUGUGGUGGUUCGGCUCAUUCUGCUUGAAGAAGAAGAGCAAGGACUGAAAAUAGUUCACCACGCAGAGAAGACACUGUCUAGCUUCUGCAAGUGGCAGAAGAGCAUCAAUCCCAAAAGUGACCUCAACCCUGUCCAUCACGAUGUGGCCGUCCUUCUCACCAGAAAAGACAUCUGUGCUGGUGUCAAUCGCCCCUGUGAGACCCUGGGUCUGUCUCAUUUGUCAGGCAUGUGCCAGCCUCACCGGAGCUGUAACAUCAAUGAGGACUCAGGACUCCCUCUGGCUUUCACAAUUGCCCAUGAGCUUGGACACAGCUUCGGCAUCCAGCACGACGGGAAGGAGAACGACUGUGAGCCUGUGGGCAGGCACCCGUACAUCAUGUCCCGCCAGCUGCAGUAUGACCCCACCCCGCUGACCUGGUCCACCUGCAGCAAGGAGUAUAUCACCCGCUUCCUGGACCGAGGUUGGGGGUUCUGUCUUGAUGACAUUCCCAAAAAGAAAGGCUUGAGGUCCAAGGUUAUCGCCCCUGGAGUGAUCUAUGAUGUCCACCACCAAUGCCAGCUGCAGUAUGGACCCAAUGCUACCUUCUGCCAAGAAGUAGAAAACAUCUGCCAGACCCUGUGGUGCUCAGUAAAAGGUUUUUGUCGCUCUAAACUGGAUGCUGCUGCAGAUGGGACGCGAUGUGGUGAGAAGAAGUGGUGCAUGGCCGGCAAGUGCAUCACGGUGGGGAAGAAGCCGGAGAGCAUCCCUGGAGGUUGGGGCCGCUGGUCACCCUGGUCCCACUGCUCCAGGACCUGUGGCGCAGGAGCCCAGAGCGCGGAGAGGCUCUGCAACAACCCGGAACCAAAGUUUGGAGGGAAGUAUUGUACUGGAGAAAGAAAACGCUAUCGCUUGUGCAAUGUCCACCCCUGUCGCUCAGAUGCACCGACGUUUCGGCAGAUGCAAUGCAGUGAAUUUGACACUGUUCCCUACAAGAAUGAACUCUACCACUGGUUUCCUGUUUUUAAUCCAGCACAUCCCUGCGAGCUCUACUGCCGACCCAUAAACGGCCAGUUCUCUGAGAAAAUGCUGGAUGCUGUCAUUGAUGGUACCCCUUGCUUUGAAGGUGGCAAUAGCAGAAAUAUCUGUAUUAAUGGCAUGUGUAAGGUGGUUGGCUGUGACUAUGAGAUUGACUCUAAUGCCACGGAGGACCGCUGUGGUGUGUGCCUUGGAGAUGGCUCUGCCUGCCAGACUGUGAGAAAGAUGUUUAAACAGAAAGAAGGAUCUGGUUAUGUGGACAUCGGGCUCAUUCCAAAAGGAGCAAGGGACAUAAGGGUAAUGGAAGUUGAGGGAGCUGGAAACUUCCUGGCCAUCAGGAGUGAAGACCCUGAAAAAUAUUACCUCAAUGGAGGAUUUAUUAUCCAGUGGAAUGGGAACUAUAAGCUGGCAGGAACUGUCUUUCAGUACGACAGAAAAGGAGACCUGGAGAAACUUAUGGCUGCAGGUCCCACCAACGAGUCUCUGUGGAUCCAGCUGCUAUUUCAGGUGACUAACCCUGGCAUUAAGUAUGAGUACACAAUCCGGAAAGAUGGCCUUGACAAUGAUGUGGAGCAACUGAUGUACUUCUGGCAGUAUGGCCACUGGACAGAGUGCAGUGUCACCUGUGGGACAGGUAUCCGCCGCCAGACUGCCCAUUGCAUAAAGAAGGGUCGUGGGAUAGUGAAAGCUACCUUUUGCGACCCAGAAACCCAGCCCAAUGGGAGACAGAAGAAGUGCCAUGAAAAGGCUUGUCCACCCAGGUGGUGGGCAGGGGAAUGGGAAGCGUGCUCGGCCACAUGUGGGCCGCAUGGAGAGAAGAAGCGACCCGUGCUCUGCAUCCAGACGGUGGGCUCGGAUGAGCAGGCCCUCCCGCCUGCCCACUGCCAGCACCUGCUGAAGCCCAAGAACCUCGUUUCCUGUAACAGAGACAUCCUGUGUCCUUCAGACUGGACGGUGGGCAACUGGAGUGAGUGUUCUGUUUCCUGUGGUGGUGGAGUGAGGAUUCGCAGUGUCACGUGUGCCAAGAACCACGAUGAACCUUGUGACGUGACAAGGAAGCCCAACAGCAGAGCACUCUGUGGCCUCCAACAGUGCCCAUCUAGCCAUAGAAUUCUGAAACCCAGCAAAGGCACAACUUCCAAUGGGAAAAAUCUGCCAGCAUCUGAGAAAGACCCCAUAAAGCCUAUCCCUCCGCCAACAUCUGGGCCCAGAGUGCUGACCACAACCACAGUGCCUGAAUCCGAGAGCACAAGUACCCUGGCAAUCAGCAGCCCUAGUCCCACCACAGCCUCCGAAGGAGGAGGCCUGGGUGAGAAACAGUGGCGAAAUCUUUCAGCCCAACCUGAACUGGACUCUGAUGAUCUCAUUUCCACUGGAAGCACCUCCCAACCCAUCCUCACUUUCCCAUCUUUGAGCAUCCAGCCAAAUAAUAAAAAUGCGUCUAAUGCAGAUACUGGUCCUACCUCAGAGGGAGACCUUCUAGCUACAACAAGAAGUGGUUCUGAUCUGUCAUCUUCCAGCAACCCUGUGACUUGGCAGGUGACUCCCUUUUACAAUACCUUGACCAAAGAUCCAGACAUGGAGAUUCAUAGUGGCUCAGGGGAAGGCAGCGAGGAGCCUGAGAACAAAGAUGAAAACAACUCUAAAGUAUGGACCAUGAUCAGUAUACCUGGAAAUGAUGCUCCAGUGGACAGAAGUACGGAAAUGCCUCUUGAACCUCCACCAACACCCUAUCUUGGUGGGGAGUCCUGGCGGCCACCCUUGAGCACAGUGAUGGAAGGACUGCUUACCAGCCAAAGGCCCAGCACCCCCCAAAAUGGGACCCACAUCACUGAAGGAGUGGAUUCUGAGAAGCCAGCUAGCCCCCCACUCCCUCAGGGAGGAAACCACCAGCCGGAACCCUCAGAAAAGCCAAUAAACCACAGCCAUGUAGAACUUUCAGACAACAUGAAUCUAACCCAAAGUUCUGGACCAGUCCUGACUGAGGAGGAUGCAACCAAUCUGAUUGCUGAGGGCUUUCUGCUGAACACCUCUGAUUAUAAACAGCUCACAAAGGGCCACAGCCCUGCAUACUGGGUUGUUGGAAACUGGAGCGAGUGCUCCACGACGUGUGGUCUGGGUGCCUACUGGAGGAGGGUGGAGUGCAGCACCCAGGCAGAUUCCGACUGCGCUGCCACCCAGAGGCCUGAACCUGCUAAGAGAUGCCACCUCCGCCCGUGUGCCGGCUGGAAAGUGGGAAACUGGAGCAAGUGUUCUAGAAACUGCAGCGGGGGCUUCAAAAUCCGUGAGAUUCAGUGCACGGACAGUCGAGACCAGCGGAGCCUGAGGCCAUUUCACUGCCAGUUCCUGGCGGGCAUUCCUCCCCCGCUGAGCAUGAGCUGUAACCCUGAGCCCUGUGAAGAGUGGCAGGUGGAACCCUGGAGUCAGUGUUCCAGGUCCUGUGGAGGUGGAGUUCAGGAGAGAGGAGUGUCUUGUCCAGGUAGCCUCUGUGACUGGAUGAAAAGGCCCACGUCCACCAUGCCUUGCAAUGAGCACCUUUGCUGUCACUGGGCCACUGGGAAGUGGAACCAGUGCACCACUUCCUGUGGAGGUGGUCUUCAGAACAGGACUGUCCGGUGUGUUCCCUCGGAUGACAAUAAGACUGGAGACCAAGACCAGUGCCUGUGUGAUCAUGAACCCAGACCUCCAGAUUUCAAAAAAUGCAACCAGCAGGACUGCAAGACGAGUGCUGAUUUACUUUGCACCAAGGACAAGCUGUCGGCCAGUUUCUGCCAGACGCUGAAAGCCAUGAAGAGAUGUUCUGUACCCACUGUGAGGGCUCAGUGCUGCUUCUCGUGUCCCCAGACACACGCCACCCACACCCAAAAGCCAAGAAAGCGACAGUUGCUCCCAAACCCCAAAACACUCUGAAGAAAGAACCCCCCCCCCCCACAUCUGGACUGCAAUGGCUGUUGACCAGGGCCCUGUCACCUGGGGGCCACUUCAUCAAGGUUUCACUUUACAUGUUUCAGGUUCAACUUUGGGUCAUAACGAAACAAAAUUCACUGUGUUCCUCUAGCCACAAAACGUCCCUCCCAGGAGGUCUGGGCUGUCUCCUUGCUGUAACUUACAGGAAAGUGAACUAACCGGGAGAAUCAGGCACCACUUGGAGUCCCUGCUGCCCAGGUUCCAGGUGAGGCAGGUCUGUGAAGUCAUGUCUUCUAUUCCUCUCUUAAAGUUAAAUCAGAAAGUUCAGAUUUUUCCCAGAUUACCUCAGGAAACAGCCACAUUCACCCAGGGAACAAAUAAUCUUGUUUAUUUACCUUGAUAAAUACAUGCUUUGUUUUUUUGUUUUUUUUUUCCUCCCUGCCUGGUGCAACUGCUAUGGGGAGUUUUUAGGAACAGGCCUUUAAUUUACGAAGGGCCUCCUUCUCCACCCAGCACUCAACCGGGGCAGGAAGAGAAGCGCUGGCUCCGUCCCUCAGUCCGGUCCUCCAUCCGCAGACUCCACGGCUGACUUUUCCCAGUCUCUUGCCCACUUGGAGACACUAGACUGUGAGGAAGUGAGCACAGGAAAGGCAGCCUGCAGGAUUUAGGUUGGUUACACAGAAAACAUUGCUGACUUGAGGAUAAUUUCUGUGAAAACUUGCAAAAAGCAAGUGAACAAAAGUCAACUUCUUGCUAGUAUAAGAAAGAAAAUGUGAGCCUUUAUUUUUCUCGCUUUCUUGGCAAAUAGUCUUCACCGAAAAGCCCAGGGGCCCUCCCAUGCAUGGCUGCUGCCUAAGACACGAGUCAGGUCCCACCCCUUCUCGGGGCAGGGGUUUUAUACACAAAGACACUACGCCCAGGCCCAUGGCUGCCCCUCACCUCCCCCCAGGUCCAAAAAUGGGGCUCUAGAUUAAAAUAUUUUGAAAAGCCAGGUUAUUGUACUCAGUACAAGAAUCUAGUGCAAACUAGGAAGGUCAAUAGGAUCUACUCCUCACUGUAAUCAACACAUGGUUUUAAAGGUCUCUUUCCUUGGGGGAAACAGGCAAGUCUGGGAGCCCAAAACACUGAAAUGAAAGUCAGAAUGCUCAUUCUGGAUGUUCCUACCACCCAGCAGAAGUCACAGUAGGCUGUGGUCUCCAAUUCAGAGACCAUUUCAGGGAAACUGAUUUCUAAGGGAAGGCGCUUAUGUGAACUGAACCCAAAGAAAGAGGGUGGGUGGGUGGAGGCAUCUGAGGCUCUAGGGGAGAAAGACCUCAGAACCACUCUCAACAGCAGGGAAGGCAGGGAUGUGGCCUUCCUAUAAAGGCAGCAUACUUCCAGACUCACGCACGGAAAUGCUUAGUGGUCACCAUGGAGCACAAUGUCUCACAUCUCCUUUACUCACCUAGCCAUUCAGCAGAACGGUGCUAUUGAAGAAUGGUGCUACUCUCCAGAUAGUGGCAGACCUAAUAUAAACAUGUCGCUAGACAUACAAAUGGGUGCGUGUGUAACACUCUGCAUACGCCUCUUCUGUUAGAUGUAUAAUGGUGUUGCUGGCCAAUGCCAGUUCUAUUGCUUAGGUACCUUGAAUUUAAACUUUUAUAUUAUAUGCCUUUUUUUUUUUCAAACCAUUACUAUGUAUUCUGAUAAAUUCCUGUGGAAAAUAAGACACUGGGGUUAAGAUGAAAUUCAAGAUAGAUCAAAAAUGAGAGGAAGGUAGAAAUGUGUACCUGAAGUCAGGAAUUCAUUUCUAGAUAAUAAUUACAUUCUUGUAGUUUCUGUCUUUAAAUACAAACAUUGCCGGCCGAUGACAAUCUCUGGUGAAAUAACAGUUUUAAAGAAUAGAAGACAUUUAAAUUGUUAGUGACGUAAGUGGAGGAGAAUCAAGUUUGUUCUAAUGAGGCAAUCUGCAGAGACUCUCCCUAAGGGUAGCGCAGGCUGUCAGGGAUUCAUUUAGUAAUGAACUUAAUCUAGUACUGUAUUAGCACAGGGUCAAAUACAUGUCAUCAAAGACCUAGGUCUGACCAGGCUUACAAAACUCAGGAACAAACCCAGAUUGCCACUGACCUCCACAAACUAAACUAGGCCAAAUUUCCCGGUACAUAACAUGGACCACAUUCUUUACAACCCACGUGGUGGAGAAGACCGUAGGCAUGCGAAGGGCUUGACCAGUGCUCCAUUCUAGCUCUUUUCCAGUUUCUCAAAGGCAGAGAAUUGGCCCCUAAUUGUGUCUCAUGGACAUUUUCCUCAUUUAUUGAGGCAUUAAAAGACAGUUGUGUGGUGUCUGUCAUUCUGGCCUCCAGGGUAAAGAUAGUGCUUGCAACAGCAGUCAUCUGUCACCUUGCCUAUUGCCUUGGCAAUCGCCCGGCUGUGGGUUAUCAGUAUUUUGACAAGUCCCAGUGCUUGUAAUAAAAAAGAGGCCUCAGACCCAGAGGAAGACUCUGAAGGCAAGAAUGUGGAUGGUAUCUUCCUAUCUUUGCUGCUCGGCGGCUACCAUGAAGCAGAAUUGUUGGUUCACUCUCUUUGGUCCUCUUUUCUUCACCUGGAAUGUACGAGUGAGGAGCAUAUCCAGGGGCACUGGGUACAGAUCUGCACGAACCACAGAGGCCACUGCAGCAUCUGGUGCUUUAACACCUUAACGUUCUAAAACCCAGCCUGCCUUCCACACUGGGAGAGUUAGCUCUUCUCUGGAAAGUUGUGGGUUAAUUAAGUUCUUGAACAUAAAAACUUAAAUAUGGCAUGAGAUAAAAAUAUCCCAAGAAACUCAAUAGUGAAUACUUUCUUAAAUUGGGAAAUUGUUCCACAGUACAAGGAUUGUGUCUUUUUGUAGGAAUGCUAUGUUUUGUGAUGGGUUUGCUUGAACAAGAGCAUAACUCCGUCCAGUCUCCUAAGACAGCCGAGUCUUCACUAGUGCCCAAAUGUAAUGCCUUCAGAUAGUCUGUGAAUUUUUUUUGACAUUCUUCAAGUAUCUGAAACACGAUCGCACUGUUUCAGAUCAUAACUUCCUAUUCAAUUGGCUAAAAUCGUCCAAAUUCUAAAAGCCACCCCUUGCUAUCCCAGACAGUGCAGGUCUCGGCUUCUCUCCUUCCUGACUUUAAGUUGAAGCUCUGGGAUGGUGUAUCUGGUGCUUGGUCGACAAUGAUUCACUUUUGAGGUAGAGACCACAAGACAUGAACUGCCUGGUGCUACAACCUAGCCAACAUAAUUGAUGCUAUACCUGUUGUUUGUAUUGCUAACUCAAAUGUUAUUAUUUUAAGUUAUGCUAUUAAAAAAAUAUGGUGGGGAAGCACAAUUCUACUUGUCAUUGUCCCACAAAGGGACACACACAACACAACCUAUUUCACUCCCUGCAUCUCUGUGCUGCUUUUCCAGGUCCCUUCCCCUGCCUUCUUGAGAUACCUUGCUGGGCAUCUCCAUACUUAACCCCAGAGUGUAACCAUAGUCUGUCUUUGUGUGGUGUCAAUAAAUGCCCAGACAUACUGGUGUUUCCAUGUGAUUUAUUUACACAU